AUGGAGACCCUUGAUUUUGUUGUGAUAGGCGCCGGCUGGGCCGGUUUGGCCUCGGCGAAGACUCGCCAUCAACUGCAUCCUGAAGAAUCGCUGGCAGUCCUCGACUCAAAUGCAACAAUUGGUGGCACUUGGUCGAAGCAACGUCUCUAUCCUGGCCUCAAGAGCAACAACAUGCUCGGAACCUACGAGUAUCCUGACUUUCCCAUGGACUCGGAAACGUUUGGGGUUCUGCCAGGCCAGCACAUCCCCGGCACCGUGAUCCAUGAGUAUCUCACCAAGUACGCCCAGAACUUUGACAUCUUUGACAAGAUCCGGUUCGAGCACAAGGUUGAGUCUGCUGAGCAUCAGGAAGAUGGCGGCUGGAUCUUGACGGUACGAGAUGUCAAGGCUGGUCGAGACGUUCAGCUGUUUGCCAAGAAGCUGGUUGUCGCCUCGGGUCUCACAUCACAGGCUUUUCUACCACAUUUUGAGGGCGAAGAGAAGUUUGGCGCUCCCAUCUUCCACGGCAAGGACUUUGUUAACCACGCGGAUACGCUUCAGACUGCCAAGUCUGUGACGGUAUUUGGUGGUACAAAGACGGCAUGGGAUCUCGUGUAUCAGUAUGCCACCAAGGGGGUUGAGGUGAACUGGGUCAUCCGCGGUUUAGAAUCUGGUCACGGCCCCGUCUGGAUGGCUCCUCCAUAUGUGACGCCUCUCAAGAAGUGGCUCGAGAAGCUUGCCCACACUCGCAUGCUGACAUGGUUCAGCCCAUGCAGCUGGGGUGCCGCAGAUGGGUAUACCAAGACUCGCAACUUCUACCACGGCAGCUAUGUCGGACGUGGUAUCGUCAACAAGUUCUGGGACAUUCUGGCCGGCGACGUCAUGACGCUGAACCAGUACGACGCACACCCGGAGACAGCCAAGCUCAAGCCCUGGAGCCAAGCCAUGUUUGUGGCGUCGAGCUUGUCCAUCCUCAACUAUGAAACCCCCUUCUUUGACCUGGUCAAGGACGGCAAGGUCAAGGUACAUAUUGCAGACAUCACCAGUCUAUCGGAGGGGACAGUGCAUCUGUCGGACGGUACGGCACUACAGUCAGAUGUCCUGUGCUGCUCGACAGGUUGGAAGCACGUUCCUCCUAUCAAGUUCCUCCCUGAGGGCAUAUCAGAGGAGCUUGGCAUCCCUCACACUCCUUCUCCCGAGUCAUUCCCUCCCAAGUCGCUCGUGGACCAGAUUGACGAGGAGAUUAUGGAACAGUUCCCCCGUCUCAAGGACCAGCCCGUGCAAAACGCCAAAUACGAACCGCUACUGAAGAACAAGGGCGUCUCUAGCAACGAUGCUAUUACCCCUGAGACGUCUCUGACACCGUACACGCUAUACCACUUCAUUGCGCCUCCAUCAUCCCGCUUCCUCGCCACAAGAGAUGUCGCCUUUACCGGUAUCUUGAUGAACUUUACCGUGUCCAUGAUUGCGCACGCACAGUCCCUGUGGAUCAACGCCUACUUUGACGACAAGAUUCCCUCGCUACCUCGCGAGCCGACACCUGACGCUCUCACCAAAUUCCAGCACGAGGCAGUGCUACACAGCCGAUUCUGCAAGUGGCGAUAUCCGGCUGGUUACGGACACAAGUUCCCAGACUUUGUGUUUGACGCAGUGCCGUACCUGGACCUGCUUCUGGGUGACAUGGAACUCCCCAUCUACCGCAAGAAUGGUAUGGCGGCAGAGGCAACUGAUCCGUAUGGUCCAGAGGACUACCGGACAUUGGUGGAUGAGUGGAAGGAGAAGCAGGCUAAGACAGAGGCUUGA